ACCAGCACCCACACCAUGAGUAAAGUGAAGCAAGGUCUCCUUCCCAGCUUGGAAGAUCUACUUUUCUAUACUAUUGCAGAAGGACAAGAAAAAAUACCAGUUCAUAAAUUCAUAACUGCACUCAAAUCUACAGGAUUACGUACGUCUGAUCCUCGAUUGAAAGAGUGCAUGGAUAUGUUAAGACUGACCCUUCAAACAACUUCAGAUGGUGUUAUGCUGGACAAAGACCUUUUUAAAAAGUGUGUACAAAGUAAUAUUGUGUUGCUCACUCAAGCUUUCAGGAGGAAGUUUGUCAUUCCAGAUUUUAUGUCGUUUACUUCACAUAUUGAUGAGUUAUAUGAAAGUGCUAAAAAACAAUCUGGAGGAAAGGUUGCUGACUAUAUUCCACAACUGGCCAAGUUCAGCCCUGAUUUGUGGGGUGUCUCACUUUGCACAGUGGAUGGACAGAGGCAUUCUGUUGGCGAUACCAAAGUUCCAUUUUGUCUUCAGUCCUGUGUAAAGCCUUUGAAAUACGCUAUUGCUGUUAAUGAUCUUGGCACAGAGUAUGUGCACAGAUAUGUUGGUAAAGAGCCUAGUGGAUUAAGGUUCAACAAAUUGUUCCUGAAUGAAGAUGACAGGCCUCAUAACCCUAUGGUGAAUGCUGGAGCAAUUGUGAUCACGUCUUUAAUCAAGCAAGGAGCAAAUAACGCAGAAAAAUUUGACUACGUGAUGCAAUUCAUGAAUAAAAUGGCUGGUAAUGAGUAUGUUGGAUUCAGUAAUGCUACAUUCCAGUCCGAAAGAGAGAGUGGAGAUAGAAACUUUGCAAUUGGCUAUUACUUGAAAGAAAAAAAGUGCUUUCCUGAAGGCACCGAUAUGGUUGCUAUACUAGACUUCUAUUUUCAGCUUUGCUCAAUAGAAGUAACGUGUGAGUCGGCAAGUGUGAUGGCAGCAACUCUGGCUAAUGGUGGCUUUUGCCCGAUCACUGGUGAGAGAGUACUGAGUCCUGAAGCAGUCCGGAACACCUUGAGUUUAAUGCAUUCCUGUGGCAUGUAUGACUUCUCAGGGCAGUUUGCCUUCCAUGUUGGUCUUCCUGCAAAAUCUGGAGUUGCUGGUGGGAUUCUUCUGGUUGUUCCUAAUGUCAUGGGCUUGAUGUGCUGGUCACCUCCUUUGGACAAGAUGGGCAACAGUGUUAAAGGAAUUCAUUUUUGUCAUGAUCUGGUUUCUUUGUGCAAUUUCCAUAACUACGAUAAUUUGAGACACUUUGCAAAAAAGCUUGAUCCUCGCAGAGAAGGCGGUGAUCAGCGGGUGAAGUCUGUGAUAAAUCUGCUGUUUGCUGCCUACACGGGGGAUGUGUCUGCACUCCGAAGGUUUGCUCUGUCAGGAAUGGAUAUGGAACAGAGAGACUAUGACUCACGGACAGCCCUGCACGUAGCAGCUGCAGAAGGACAUGUGGACGUCGUUAAAUUUCUGCUGGAAGCAUGCAAAGUGAACCCUUUCCCCAAAGACAGGUGGAAUAACACUCCAAUGGAUGAAGCUUUACAUUUUGGACACCACGACGUAUUUAAAAUUCUUCAAGAAUAUCAGGUCCAAUACACGCCAUCAGAGGAUUCCAACGACGGAAAGGAGAACCGAACGGUUCAUAAAAAUCUAGAUGGCUUACUAUAAUCAUCUUCAGCUAGAUCCUAAGAAUCAAAUCACUUACCUAUUUAAUUGUGGUAUACAUAAGUAAUGAAGAGCGUGUGUGUUUCUAUCUGAUAGUGGUAUAUAUUUUACAGAAGUCUCUGUUACUUCAGUGUUAUGUUACAGGAGUUUCUAUACGCACAGGACAAAUCCAAUCUCUCUCAAAAGAAACAAAACCAACUAAGAAUCUCCCUCCAUAAUGUGAGCAAUAUUACCUCAUGCUGCAUAUAAUUGAUGUAUAAAAAUAUUUAGCUGUUGUUGGCUUUACCGUGCACUACUUAAUUUAUUUUUGUGUUCUGUGUGAACUCUAGUCUGUGGUCAGGAAUUUUUUUCUGCUGCAUUUUUGUUUCUAUAGCCCUCUGUUUCCAGUAUGGCCGAGAUGAGCCAGAGUACUGUCGGGUGUGAGCGUCAGUGAGGUUUUUCAGAAGCUGAGGAUGCUGAUGUAGAUUUAGGCUGGGUGUGUUGAGUAAGGAUCUGCACUUAUCUUUGGGAAAAAAAUAAAACAUAAAAAAAAAAUUCCACACAACCUUGUUUACAUAAUAUAAAUAUCAAAAGAGUGACAGUUGUCAAUGGUCUAGGCUUGUUCUUAGAGAUAGUCUUGUCAGGGAAUCUGUUUUAAGGUUUGUUUGACCAAAUAGCAUAGGAGAAUGUGACUUGUAACAUCACACGGUGUUUAGCUGGGUUUUUGUUGUUGUUUUGGAAGCAUUUCUUUCAGUUCCCUUUGUCUCACCUCCCUCCUCUCUCCAUGUUCAGCUGCUAAAGAGCUUCCCCCAUGGCUGGGGACAGCGGGUGCUUCCACUCUGGGCCGUGGUGUUCCUCACAGCUCUAUUUGCACUACCACAAGCCUUGGCAAGCUGCAAAGCCCCUCCUGGGCUCAGGUGUGGGGUCCGUGGUGGCUGCACCGGGACCCAGCCAGGGGAAUGGAAGUAUAAAAAGGCAAAGAACUAAACCAAAUACUGCAUCUAAAUCUGACUUCAUUUAGGCUUGUGAUAAGGAACACGGAUGGAGUGAAACAGCUUUAAGGAGCAUAGAGCCAAUCAAAGCGUGAGCGGAGCAGGAGAUAAGCCAAAUUUAUUGGGUGUGUUCUCUUCUUGCACUACCAUCAACCAGGGAGCAGGAUGCUGCAUUGGUGGGGUUUUGCUGGUGUAGAACAGGAGUUCAGCAUCAGGAGCACAAGCGGGUGAUGCCUUUUGUGGGUGAACAUUGGUGGCAUUUCUUGUCCUGCCACCGACGCCAGCUCGGCGCUUGCCCCGUUGAGGGAAAUGUAGAUGCAGAUACUUGUCACUUGCAGAAGUACAAACAAUGUUACGACAGUUCCCUGUCCCCUGUGCAAUUGCUUCUGCCAAUAUUGUGGCAUAAAACCUCCAAGUGAGCAGUCUCACUUGGAAGUUAAAAGUUUCUUUUUUUUAUUUUCACAAAACACCACAGUUGUUGGA